AUGCGGCCGUCGCUCUGCUGCUCCUUCGCCACUCCUCCGUCCCCUGGUAGCCUUCUUCGAAGAGAAGACGUCGAAAAACGCUUUGCUGAAUGUCUUGACAGGCACUGCAAACCCGGGGCAACCCAGAGUUGUCAACUGGCCAAGUUUGCGUGCGACAAGCUCAAGACCGACCCGAAGUCCCUCUCGGCUGCGAGUCCAUCUUGUGACCCUCGAGAAGUGCGCCCGACUUCCGUGGGCGACAACCCAAGCGACGCGUUCGAAAAGGCAGCUUGGUGGAGGGCAGUGGAAGAAGUGGGCAAGGGCGGUGACGAAGUCGAGUUCUACAACACCUUCUCCUACAUGAGCUUUCCUCGGAUGCGCACAGCUCCUCAUGACAGCGACUCGGGGUGA